GGACCGGAUGGAGUCCCGGGAAGAGUCCUGGCGCUGGCCUUGAGGCACCUCGGGAGCCACCUUAGGCAGCUAUUUAAUGACUGCCUGGAGGCGGGGCGGUUCCCGAGAGUAUGGAAACAGGGACGCUUGGUGCUGUUGCGGAAGGAGGGUCGUUCUCCUGAUUCUCCUUCGGCAUACAGACCAAUUGUCCUUAUUGAUGAGGUGAGCAAGAUGCUGGAGAGAGUUCUGGCCUCUCGUAUUAACCAGCACCUCGCUCUGCAGGGCCCUGAUCUUUCGGAACACCAGUACGGCUUUAGGGUAGGCAAGUCGACGAUAGAUGCCGUUGGUGCUCUGAAAAGUUUCUGCGAAGGAGCGCAGAAGGAAAGCGACGGGGUAUUGGCGGUAUCACUAGAUAUCGCCAAUGCCUUUGGCACCCUGCCGUAUAGCGUGGUAGAGGAGGCGCUCCAAUAUCAUCGGGUGCCCCUGUACCUGCGCCGAAUGAUAGGGCACUACCUGGAGGAAAGGGUAGUGGUCUAUCAGGGAAAGGACGGGGCGAGGCAGGAGAGGCGUAUGGCUUGUGGGGUUCCGCAGGGAUCGGUUCUCGGACCCCUGCUGUGGAACCUGGGCUUUGAUUGGGCAAUUCGUCCGGUUCUGCUGCCCCGGAUGGUAAUUAUUUGUUACGCGGACGACACCAUGGUUGCCGUCCGGGGAAGCAGUUAUGAGGAGUCGGUGAGGAGGGCUACGGUGGCCACCGAGCUGAUGGUCACCCGAAUUGGCAUGUUGGGGCUCAAAGUUGCCCUUCCAAAGACGGAGGAAUUGAGUUUCGCGGCCAUAAUUAUCGAUCCUGGGUGGCUCAUGAGAGCUUCAUCCACGAUGAGGCGCUCGCAGUGCCUCUCGCUUUGCUCUUUGAAUCCAUUUACCAAGACCGAUGCCAUGGUGCGGACUUUGAGUGUUGAUGCCGCUCCGUACUUUGCCUGCAGCUUCUCCUUCAAAUCCUUUUUGGCCUCCGUGGUUGCUGUUAGAACCACGUCACGAUUUAUCUCGAAGUUCCUCACUAUCCAGGUGGUCUUCCCACAGCCAGGAACUCCGUUUACCCAGGUGAUUUUGGGUGCUUUCCAGGAUUUCAGGGGCUCCUUCUCGUCCUUCGCUAUCUUAUUGCCUUGUUCGAGGAUUCUCUUCUUCAAGAAAGCGGCCAGUGCACUGCCCACCUCUUGCGUCAUUGACUCGGCUCUCUUUUUUGAUUUUUCGCCAGACAUGCUUGCUAUUGCCGAUUUGAACGUGCUGAUGGCUGUUUUAAAGGCACGUGUCGGCGCAGAGGUUGCCCCCAAACUCAUCGGGGCUGCAGGGGCGCUGAGUCGGCUCCUCCCUAACUUGGGCGGACCUGGCGUUGGCUGCCGCCGCCUGUACACAGGAGUGGUGCGGUCGAUGGCCCUGUAUGGAGCACCGAUCUGGGCAGACGCUCUUGUCGCCCGUAAUAGGACCCUACUGCGAAGGCCGCAACGGGUCAUGGCGGCAAGAGUGAUCAGAGCGUACCGCACCAUUUCGCACGAGGCGGCCUGCGCGUUGGCAGGGACACCCCCGUGGGACCUGGAUGCGGAGGUGUUGGCGUGUGUGCACGAGCGAAGGGUGGAGGUCCGCAUGCGGGGAGAACACCCUUCGCCGGAGAGGGUCACUGGGUGGCGGCGUUUAGCGCAGGCCGAGCUCUUUCGCCAAUGGCGAGAGAGGCUCGAGUCGCCCAGUGCCGGUCUGCGGACUAUUGACGGGAUUCGCCCCGUGCUUCAGCAGUGGGUGGAGAGAAGACACGGGGUGAUGACCUUCCACCUUGCGCAGGUGCUUUCAGGACACGGUUGUUUCGGAAAGUACCUGUGCAAGAUUGCCGGUAGGGAACCUACCGAGGAGUGCCACGAGUGCGGCUGCGCUGUGGACACGGCGCAACACACGCUUGCCGAUUGCCCGAGCUGGGCGGUGCAGCGGGCCGCACUCGUGGCGGUAGUGGGACAAGACCUCUCCCUGCCGGCUGUGGUCAGGGCCAUGGCCGGCAGUGAGUUGUCUUGGGAUGCGAUAGUCUCGUUCUGCGAAGACGUCAUCUUGCAGAAGGAGGCUGCGGAGCGGGUGCGCGAAGAAGAUCCAGACGCACAUCCGCUUCGGCGUAGACGGGGGGGAAGAAGACGGCGGCAAUUUGCCGCUCGCCAGCUUCCCUUGGGAGGCGGCGGGUAG